CUUCAGUUCCCAACAUCUCGAACUCACACUUACUUCAGUUCAGAUUUUGCAACCGAAUUCUGGAUCCGUGGGGUGGUGAUUAGCUGUAUAUCUGUAUUUUACAGAGUUAUAUCGGAUUCCGGAUGUAUCUAGGUGCCUCCACGCACUCUGUCAGCUAGUAGUUUUGGUUACCUCGCCGUGUUUCGCUCGCGACAUCCGAUGACAUAGAUCACUAUUUAUGGGACAUCAACAACCACGACAAGCCCAGUUCUGAUGCGCCUCUUUUGGAUUACACCUCAUUACGGGCGUGGAGCUUCCUGCGAGUACCAGCGCUAACCCGCGACGCAAUUGGCGCAACAUGGAGGAUAUCCGACCGACCGCGAAAUGGGCGAACCGCAUGUUGCGCCCGUUGACAUCCAUCCACCACCGACUCCAGAAACACUAUGAGAUUCGCAACAGCAUAGCAGACACAAAAUCGAAAGCCAAACCCGAACACCACGAUUCCGACCGUUUGCGACUCCAACCAAACAACAAGAAACCCGGUCCAGAACCAGGCUGCAAUCUUUCAGACGAGGAACCCGACGAUCCAGCAUGGAUUCCAGGGAACCGGGGAAAUCGCCGGCCGAGGCAUAAUUACUCGAAUCGCGGUCAGAGAAAUGGCGCCCGGAGACGCAGUCGACUCUUGAUUAAGAGCCCGGAAGUGCAGAGGACGCUGCCUGGCGCUAUCGAAAUCGCGACCCCGUUGAUCACAGGAACUGCGCCAGGACCGGCGGAAGCGACAUUAUCUAUUCGCAAACGGCUUUUUCGGAAUCCCAUACCACCAGUGAGUGCUGUCGGGGCCAGCGAGCGGCGCAGGCAGUCGCGGACGAAUAAUCCCAGUUUUCCAGCAUACCAGGGCUCAUGGAAAGAGGUUUUGGAUCUAUCGGGGGAUCCGGGCUUGGUGGAUAUUGCGCGCUUUUUGGAUCGCAUGCUUAUUAAGUUUUUGGAGAAUACUAGGCCUGCUCCGGCGAUACACAAACACGAACGGGAGGGUCGCGGUGCCCGAUCGUUGCUGUCUAUGACUGCGCGACGGCUUCCGGAGUUCAUUGCUGAGGAGCAGCGCCUGCAGGAUGAGGCGGAGCCGGAUGAGGAUGUUGAUAUGUGUGACGCAUACUUUACCGAACUUGAAGCUCAAUAUGCUCCUGGUGGCGGUGGAUGGCAGCCGCUUCGUGAAGCUGUGCGUGCGCAAGGCAUCCACCUGAUUUCGGAGAUGAUGCAGAGAGAAUGGGUACCCAAAUUGGCUGCCUGUCGCUUGCUAGAGCAAUGUCUUGAGCACAGGGAGUUGGAUGCUUUCGAAAUACUUAUAUCACGAUAUCUUACGACCGUCAAGACACACGACUACCCUACAGCUUUUGACCCUUCAAAACCUGCGGGCCACUGCGAUAAUCCUAUCUACAUACUGCGCAAUUACUAUUCCAAGGCCCCUGAAAGGAGAUCUUUUAUUUUUGAUGAGAUGACAAAGCUCCUGUCUCGUGGGGCUUUUCCGCCAGAGUGGAUGGUCACCACAAGAUGGAAAAAGUGCGUGGACGGGGCUAUCCGGUCACUGUCAAUUGGCGACGAAGAUUCAGCUGCUGCGACCCGGACUAUCGAGGCUAUCAUCCUCUCAUCUGCUGGUAUCUACCCCGCCACGGAUUCGCUGGUAGCUCGGAGCAAGGGGAGAAAGGUACCUCGGUCUGUACGUCUAAAGGACACCCGUGCGUCGGUAACGAAGCCUACAAGCGUGCCUAAAGACCAAGCUCCAUGCCCUGUUCCCAUCCAGGAUGCGCUCAGCAAUCUUUCAGCGAGUCUGAUUACCGCACUCUGUGGCAUGUAUAUGGCACGGACGCAAACCUCUGGCGCCAAUGACAUGAUGACAGGCAGGAAGGUCAGGCAUAUUGUUGAGGCACUGUCUUUCGGGGUGCAACGGGCGAUCGGAUUGGUACUAUCGCGGCGUGAGAUGGAGGGUCCAAGCUUCCACUCCCUGCGUCGGGGAUACGUCUUGUUGGGUGAGUGGACGCUGCAGUGCAGUGAAAAUUGCAUGCCCGAGGUCAUUGGCCAGUCCGACGCCAGUUCGCCAAAAAACUUAGAAUCGCUUUGUCUAUCGUUGGUACAUCAAGAGAAUGCAAUCAAGCAGCUAGCGGAUUUUGUCCAACAAGUCUUUCGAUGCUGCGGCCAUGAGCGCGAAGAUGAUCUUGCGAGGACACCUCGGAAAAUUCGAGCGAUCGUAUGGCGGCUUGCGCAGGUGACGACGAUGAAGGGCAUUUCUCUGCUCCUCGCCAAGGUGGCUGCGGAAACAGCAAUGGCGUUGGCGGAGGUUACAUUGGAUGUGGAUGACCACGCGUGGGCUCUCGAAAUCCAAGAACAAGCCGCUUCAUCCCAGCAAGAUAGAAAUGUUCAUCACUCUGCCGCAUUGGCGCGUGUGCCACAAACCGAUGUGAUCCGCCUGUAUCGAUGGGAAGAAAGCAUUGGGGAAUGGGUAGCCAGCACGCCGGUCGCCAAACCCGUGGCUCCCCGUAAUGACGGCGCUUCGAGCCCUGCGGCUGCGAGAGCUGAGCGGCGACCAUCGGCGAUAGCCUGUUCGAUCAGUAGCAGGUCGCCCAGCCCUGAACCUUCGGAGGAGGCUGCAUCCAGCGUGACAUCAUCUGCGCCAUCGAUGAGCUGGAAACGCGAACGUGGGACAAAUGAUUGGAAGCCACCGUCACCCAAGAGACUUCGGUCAAGUUCGAGGAGGAUGGCUGCGGCUGGUUCCCUCGAACCCAAUUCUGCACCGAUAGCCACCCGGGCGCGGGCGGCCCUUCGCGAUCUACCCCAGGCCAAGAACAGCGCCUUAAAGAAGACGAGACUACAAUCGGGCCCAAUCACGCCCAGCAACUCCCGGGCGGACCCUAUCAAAGUGACUCCCCUGAUUGAGGUGGUUAUCAUCAACCAGCCCGUCUCGGUGAAGCCGCUGAUCCGGACUCCCAGUAUGGCACGGCAACAACAAGAACAACAGCCACCAACCCCAACACUGAUUUCCAGUCCAUCGGAGAUGCAGGGUCCUCGACGCUCCACUCGUACGCGACCUCCCCCAGUCGAGCGGAUAAUUCCGUGCUCGGACGAUGAUAGCGAAGACGAGCUGAGUUUUCUGUUGUGACAGCGAGGGUCGUGAUUUUUACUUUUGCCCGUUCAGUAUCGUUAUUGGGAAACUGGGCAUGAUUGUUGGCGACGUCUCAUGAUUUUGACGGGCCGGUUCAUUUAACCCCAUCAGUGGGUUAUUGAUGGUCUGGUCUUUGUUCAUUUGCAAUUGGAGUCUCAUUGCGAUUCUUUCUUUUCUUGGCGAAUUGGGGAACGACUGAUUGAUUCGGAGCAGGAGUGGAUUGACUGAUUACGUUCAGUUCGAGGAUUUUCUUGGUUUCUGGCUUGAUUGAUUCGAGUGCCGAUGAUACCCGCGGGCAAAGACUUUUACAAUUUAAUUCGUUUCUUAUUCCUAUACCCGGUGGAACUCGCUAUGUAAGAUGUUUAGCUAUGCAGACGCUUCACCGGCUGAAGCAACAAUAUGACCAUAAACGACGUCAA